GUGCACACCGGUACACAAAGGUGUGCUUUCUAUCAGUGGACUACAGUAAACGGAGAUUUGGAAAAUGCUAUUUUUAACAAGUGUUUUGAAUGCAACAUUACGUUUGCGUUGCACAGUUGUGAGCCCAUGACGGGGCAUGUACAACCUAAACUAGUAGUUUCCUAGUCACUAAAAUACUAGUGACGUUCAACGCCAAAUAGCUAAGCAUGUAUAUUCGCUGUAUUUUACGAGCACCGGUCGUCGGAACCAGAGUGGCCCAGUUAAGCCGCUUGCACCAUGUUUGUCGAACCGAGAGAUCACUAUGCUCAAAAAGUGAUGAAGUGAAGCUGGCAGAGGAGGCCAGUAAGAAGUACGGCUCUCCAGCGCCAACCAUCUUCUCCAAAGUGAUUGACAAAAGCAUCCCAGCUGAUAUUAUUUAUGAAGAUGAGAAGUGUUUGGCAUUUAGGGAUAUCAGCCCACAAGCCCCUGUUCACUUUUUGGUUAUUCCAAGGGUCCCUAUUCCCCGCAUAAGUGCAGCCAAAGAUGAUGACGCAGAACUCUUGGGACAUUUGCUGAUUGUUGCUAAAAAUGUGGCAAAGGAAGAAUCUCUAAAUGAAGGAUACAGAGUUGUGAUCAACGAUGGAAAGCAUGGAUCUCAGUCAGUCUACCAUCUUCAUGUCCAUGUCCUGGGGGGACGACAGAUGACAUGGCCGCCAGGAUAACUGUGUCACAUGCACGCGUGCUCUCUGUUCUUUCUUCAUCUCCAGCCUGGCUUUAGUUUCACAAUCUCGAGAUGGCAACACUUUUAAAAAUAAAAAAGUAUUAAACAUUAUGAUCAAAAUGUUCUCAAAUAAAGAAUUAUUUCUCAUA